AUGGCAGACUCAAUAGAACAAUUGCGGGAAAAGUAUGAAGCAGCACUCGUGCAAUUAAAAAAGGAAAAAGCGGCGGUGGAGGAGAAGAAUAAGCAGCUAAUUCAGCAACGGCUACAAUUUUUGCAACAGCAGUCAAAGGAAAGUGCAGCGAACCGUAGUACUGAGGCUCAGACAGGCGAUUCCGGGGUUCAAAGCGACAGGAGUCAACUGCUCAUUACUGGACGAGUCGGUAAUUUGCAAGAGUAUAGCUUGAAAGACGACUGGAACCACUGGAUCGAGAGGUUUGAACAGUACUACAUAGCUAAUGAUAUUGCUUCGGAAAAAGGAGUAGCGCUUUUCCUCACAUUAAUUGGCAGCGAGGGCUAUGCCUUGCUGCGCAGCUUGUGCACACCGUGCUUGCCCGCAAAUAAGUCGCUGAAGGAGUUAAAUGAAAUUAUGAAAAAUCAUUUACAACCAAAACCGAGUGUGAUUGCUGAACGUUACAAAUUUAAAGAAUGUUCGCAAAAAGACACUGAUAGUAUUAUGGAGUUUUUGGCAAAUUUAAAAAGGUUAUCAACAUACUGUGAAUUCGGCAGCAGCUUGGAAUCGCAUUUGCGAGAUCAGUUCGUUUGGGGAGUAAAAAACGAACGUAUCAAAAAGAGACUGCUUAGCGAGCACGAUUUGACGUAUGCCCGUGCAGUGGAACUGGCUCAAACGAUGGAGAUGGCCACGAAGGAUGUGGCUGAAAUGGGAGCGUCGUCGAAAGGCCAAGUCGAUUCAAUCAACUUUGUGGGAAAAGGAUCGAAAAAGUCAUCUACCAGGGAAUCCAGCGUCAAAUGUUGGUGCUGCGGCAGAUCAAAUCAUCCAACAACGGCGUGUCGGUAUCGUAGUUUAAAAUGUCGUAAUUGUCAAAAGCCGGGUCAUUUGGUACGAAUGUGUAAAGUUAAAAAAGAAAAUAAUGAAAAAGGAAAGUCCGACAAGAUUAAUAAGAACGGAGAAAAUAGACAAAAUUUUAUAUGGAACACAAGUGAGGAGGAAGAGAAUUUUGAUACACUUUUUCAUUUAAAUGAGGGUAACGUUAAACCGGCGAUGAAAAAUGAAACAAUUCAAUUUAUUGCCCCCUGGAGAAUCGGAAUUAAGGUGCAAAACAAAGAAAUUGAAUUUCAUGUUGACUCAGGGUCCGAAAUUUCGGUUAUUUCUGAAGAAGAAUUUGUCAACAGACGAGAGUGGAGCACAGUGCCGCUCGAUAAGACACAACGAAGGUUUAAGACACACCCGGGGCAUAAAAUUGAGCCAUUGGGAGUAUUAAACGUAGAAGUAGAGUAUCAAAAUAAGAAAUUGAAACUUCCACUGUUUGUUUUGCCCGGUGAUGGUCCUCCUCUAGUGGGCCGAGCGUGGAUUUGUGCCUUAGGAAUACCAGUAGAGAGAUUUACUAACAGUAAUGAGAAUUCUCGUAUUGGAAUGAUAUUAAGCCAAAGUAAAAAAAAUAUUGAUGAUAUUAUUCGUAAUUUCGACUCGGUUUUCUCUUCAAAAUUGGGAAGAUAUACAGGGGGAAGUUUCAAAUUAUAUUUGAAAGAAGAAGUACAGCCAGUAUUUUGUAAGGCGAGACCGUUGCCGUAUUCGAUGAAGGAAAAGGUCGAAAAAGAAUUGGAACGUUUAAUCAAAGAAGAUAUCAUAUAUGAAGUCGAGAAUAGUGACUGGGCAACCCCGAUUGUUCCUGUACCCAAAACGAAUGGGGAAAUCAGAAUUUGCGGGGAUUUCAAAGUAACGAUCAAUCCGAAGAUUAAAAUUGACCGAUACCCGGUUCCAAGAAUCCAAGAUUUAUUGUCAAACCUCAACGGGGGAAAUUUUUUUUCGAAGAUUGACUUAUCCCAGGCAUAUCAACAAGUGGAGCUAGAUGAACAAUCGAGGCCACUGGUCACUAUUUCGACUCACAAAGGCUUAUUUAGGUAUAAGAGGCUUUGUUUUGGGGUGGCAUCGGCUCCAGGAUUAUUUCAACGUGAAAUAGAAAAAAUUUUACAAGGCUUAGAAGGAGUGGUAUCUUUUUUCGACGAUAUUAUGAUAAGCGGAUCAACAAUAGAAAUUCAUAAUAAGAGACUGUGCGAGGUACUUCGGCGAUUGAAGAAAUGUGGGUUGACCGCAAACAAAAAUAAAUGUGCCUUUGCGAGUAAGAAAAUACAAUUUUUGGGCUAUGUACUUGAUAGCACAGGGAUACAUGCUGCGUCAGAUAAAAUUAAAGCGAUAGUGGACGCUCCGGCUCCAACUAAUAUUACUCAACUAAGAGCCUUCUUAGGGAUGAUUAAUUAUUAUGCGAAAUUUAUUAAAAAUUACGCGCAGAUGUUGAAUCCUUUGCAUUAUUUAUUACAGAAAAAUGUGGCUUGGCAAUGGAAUCGUGAACAGGAUCAAGCGUUUAAAGAAGCAAAACGUUGCUUAACAUCAUCAGAAGUACUGGUGCAUUAUGACGCCAAAUUACCAGUUAAAGUAGCAUGCGAUGCAUCACCAUGUGGUAUUGGUGCGGUGUUAUCGCAUGUGUACGCAGAUAAAAGUGAAAGGCCAAUCGCUUUCGCGUCCAGAUCAUUGAGCAAGGCUGAGAGAAAUUAUUCUCAGUUAGAUAAAGAAGCGUUGAGUUUGGUGUUCGGGGUAAAGAAAUUCCACCAGUACCUUUAUGGGCGAGAAUUUGUUCUAGAGACCGAUCACAAACCGCUGGUAUAUAUAUUUGGUUCCAAGAAAGGACUCCCGCAGAUGGCUGCGAGUAGGGUACAGCGUUGGGCGGUAUUUUUAUCUGCGUACCAGUUCGAAAUUGAGCAUGUAAAAGGGGUGAAUAAUAGUCGGGCGGAUAGCUUGUCACGUAUUCCUUUGCCAAUCGACGAAUCAAAAAUGAGGGAAUCGGAAGAUUAUUCGUAUUUGAAUUAUGUAACUAAUGAAGUGAAGUCAAUUGAUAUAAAGCGAGUAGCGCUGGAAACGUUAAAAGAUCCAUUGCUAAAAUGCGUCUGCAAUUAUGUGAUGGAGGGAUGGCCAGAGGAAGUUGAUGAGGAGCUAGGUGCGUUUCGCAAUCGAAAACGUGAAUUGACGAUUGAAGAAGGGUGUUUGUUAUGGGGGCAUCGCGUAGUAAUUCCUCCAUCCAUGCGAAUGGAAUUAUUGCAAGAACUUCAUCUCAGCCACCAAGGUGUGGUUAAAAUGAAAGCACUGGCUCGCUCGUAUAUCUGGUGGCCGAAAAUUGACAAAGACAUUGAAGGGAUCACGAAGGCGUGUGCUUCGUGUUUGAAAUGGUCGGAUAAUCCGCCAAGGGCAAUUUUGCAUCCGUGGAAAUGGCCGGAGGGCCCAAAUCAAAGAAUCCAUGCGGAUUUUUUGGGUCCCGUCGAGAAUAAAAUGUAUCUAAUAAUUGUAGAUGCCUUUUCGAAAUGGAUCGAUAUUAAGGAAAUGUCGGAUAUAACGUCAACAAUGACAAUCAAAAUGUUGAAAGAAUAUAUAUGUGCGUGGGGAAUUCCACUGAAAUUGAUAACGGACAACGGGCCUAGUUUUUGUUCUGAUAUAUUUAGAGAAUUUACAGAAAGGUAUGGUAUCCAUCACAUAAGAACGGCUCCAUAUCAUCCGGCAUCCAACGGGGCAGCAGAGAACGCUGUGAGAACGUUUAAAAAAAAAUUUAAAGUUCUGAGAGAUGCAGGAGAGUCGAAACAUGAUGCAAUACUUACGUUUCUUUUUCACUAUCGAGCUACGCCUCAUAGUACGACAAACUGUAGCCCGGCAGAAUUGCAGAUAGGGAGAAAAUUCCGUACAAGACUGGAUUUGGUUAGACCAGAUCUUAGAAAAUAUGUAGAAAAUAAGCAAGCUAGUCAACAGCGUUCAUUUCCGGGCAAUAGAAAUUUUGUAUGCAACAGGGGAAAUAGGACGAUGAUGAGGAAUUUUGCGAGUAAUACGUGGGAAGAAGCUCAAGUAAUUGACAAAUUGUCUCCCGUUACAUACACGGUUCGAUCAGGCGAUAACAAGUUACACAAGCGUCAUUCAGACCAAUUGAAAAAGUGUUCACCGCAUAAAGAAAUAAGGGUAUCGGAGGAAACAGAAGGAAAAGAGGAAAUUCAAAGUUCUCAAGGGGAUCCAGUAAGCAUUACUGGCAGAGGAAGCGGUACAAAAGAGACAAAAGAGGAGAUAGUACCGACGUCCGCGAAUAAUGUACAGUCAGUGCGAAGAUCAGCUAGAGUUCGGAAGCCAAGACAAAUAUUAGAUUUGUAG